CUAGAAUUUCACUGUCCACAAUUACUGACUGUGCUCUGUCUAAUAAUAUGGACAUCCCUACGCGCUAUAUAAUCCCACGCACGGCGUAUCUCACGCCCUCCAAAGGAGCCGUCCCAGAGACGGCCCUCCCCCCCGGCGUGGUCGCCCACGACUCCUUCGAGACGCUCUGGCUGCCGCUGUCGGGGACCCCUGACCGCCAGGCAUUCCGGAUCCAGGCCAAAGAGCUUGUCUUCAUCGCCGGCGCCCAGUACCACUACCGCCCCAACACCACGCUGUAUCUGCAGUGCAAACGGGCCAUCUUCCUACCGCAUCCCACCCAACCGGGCCCGUCCGUCCCGGUGGUGUUCCAUCUGCCCGGGGCUGACGCGACCCAGAACCCGCCCGCCAAGCCAGAACUGGCGAACAAAGGAGUUGACGCCAGGAUCGAGAUUGAAGAGGGUCGCCCUGUGUGGUACAGCCCCAAGGUGCCGCGUUUCAAGGAAGGUUCGGGCCGGGGCGCGGGGGCGGGCGCGGCAGGUGCCGCGGGGGCGACGGGCGCCCGGGGUGCAGACGCGGGGUCUCUGAUCCUCCGGGCGGACGAGAUCGACACCAGCCGGUUGGCAGCGGGCAGCGAGGAGCGGACUUUCUUCGUGGCACGCUGCGGGGGGGGACGAGGCGGGCGCGGGGGUCCCGGGGGCGAUGGCGGGGAUGGCGGCUGGGGGCUGAGCUCCUCUUACGACAACGAAACAACAUAUCGAAUGUCCGAAGAUCUACGGGCGGCGUUUGAAGGCCACCACUUUGAUAAUGUCUCCCGCUGCCCCCUUCCGCGGGACCGGGAGUACGCAACCCUGGUCCAGAGCACGUUUCUGGGGGGCCCGGGGGGGGCGCCCGGCACUCCCGGGGCCGGGGGGUUUGGUGGGGAUGGAGGCCGGCUGGAGGUUCAGUGUAAGGAUGACAGGGCCAGGGCGAGAUUCGCCGUCUAUUCGACCAUCGGGAUUCCGGGCGAUAAUGGGCCCCCCGGGGCCCCUGGGGCCACGGGCGCCUGUGGUGAUUCAAAGCUCAUGACCUGUUUGAAGAGCACAGUACAGUCUGACUACAUGUCGAUAUUUACCUAUUUGUGUGGCAUUCUGGGCCAUGAGCAUAAUGAUCUGAUGAGGCAGUGGGCAGGAUAUGUAGGCAAAGGUGAACAGCCUCCCAGCCGGCCUACCGCCGGGUAUAAUCCACUGGAUGAGGUAGCAGCCAGACGGGCCGCUGGCCAGCGUGACCCUUUGUCAAGCCCAGAUGUGGUUUUAGGUAUCUAGACUGAUCUUCUUGAUGGUGG